GCCAAUCAGUUGUCAAGGUAAAUCAACAAAAAACAAAGUUCCCGUCAAAAUUAAAUGUGAAAUUUUGAUAUUUUAAUCGUUCUGAUGAUGAAUUAGGUGAAAUUGAUGGCGUGCAGAAAGCCCCCAUCUCGAGCGCAGUACUGUGGCAGAGCCAAAGAGAAAAAACGUCGCUCCAAGUCGCGCAAGUCCGGAAAAAGAAAAAAGUCAUGCCGACCGGGAAAAAUCACCAGGAACCCUUUCUUCAACUACCUGCGGUGGUUCCGCACGAAGCACUGCGGCAUGAACAUGAUCCAAGUGGCCGUCGAGGGCGCCAAGUGCUGGUGCAAGAUGAGCGACGAGCAAAGAAGAAAGUUCUACAAGGAGGCCUGCGGCGCCCCGAAGAUGCGGCGAUCGAGAGGGAGGUCGAAAGGGAAGGCGCGGAGAAGGUCCAGGAGCAGGAAACGGCGAGGAGGAGGUCGCUGCGGAGGCGGCAGGAGUCGCAGACGCGGCAAGUCGAGGAAACGCAGCAAGUCGAGGAAACGCAGCAAGUCGAGGAAACGAAGCCGAUCGAGAAGGAGAUCCAAGUCUAGGAGCAAAUCGCGAACCUGCGGAGGAGCAUGCAACAAACCUCGCAAUGUGAGGUCUCUCUGUGGAUAACCAAUUGAAAAAAAAAAAAGAAAAAUUUAAUGUACAAGAGCGUCAAAGUAAACGUCUCGAGAUCA